CUUAUGAUGUCCUCCCAUUCUCACUGUGCAUGUGUGGCUCAGGGAGCACGCAGCGGGACAUGUACACUGAUCAUCAGGGCACUGAUGUGUAGCCCCAGCAGUGCCACCUGUUAGUGUCCAUCAGUGCCUUAUGUCAGUGCUCAUCAGUGCCUCGUGCCAGUGCCCAUCAGUGCCACAUAUCAGUGCCUACCAGUGCACAUCAAUGCCACAUAUCAGUGCCCAUCUGAGCUGCCUUUCAGUGUCACCCAUCAGUGCCAGUCAGUGUCACCUAUCAAUGCCAAUCAGUGUCACCUAUCAGUGCUGCCAAUCAGUGCCACCUAUCAGUGCCAGGCAGUGCUGCCUAUCAGUGCCAGUCAGU